CACCAGCCAAACAGAAGCUUCCCUUCCCUUCACUUCCUCUCUCUCUCUCUCUCUCUCUCUUCAGAUCGACAACCUCAACCCAGACACACUACACACUUCAUGACCACGUCGUCGCCGUCGCUAUUAUCGUCGUCAUCGUCAUCGUCGCUGUCGCUUUCUUCUUCUCUUCUUGCGCAUCGUGCGUCUUCUGCUCCAAGCGAUCUCAAACAACUCCAGCGUAAAUAUGUCCAUGUCCAUGUCCAUGUCCAUGUCCGACUAGUUUCUGGAGCUUGACUCGAUUUGUCUUGAGCAAGGGCCCGCCGCUCAAAGACCGGCCGAAACCUUAACCAACAAGACAGAACAGCAUCUCCCCAUUUCACACUAUUUUCCUCCUAACAGUCCGGUCAUCACCACUCGACAAUGGACCCUCGACUUCCUCAGCAUCCGUUCUCGCGGAAUGCUGCCUCGCCAUACACUCCCCAUACCACCUUUCAGCAGCCACCACCCUCCACCCAGGCACCGCCCUACUCACCGGGUGCCGAUCCUCGAAACGCGCCUCCUUUCCGACCAGAGCACCAGCGAAGGACUUCGGAGAACACAUACUUCCAACACGCGCCGCCGACCUAUCCUCGCGACGCUGCUCCCAUCCCGAAUACCUCGACGCACUCCCGAACCGCGAGCGCGUCAUCCAUCGGCCACGGGACACCGCUGAUUCGGAAUAUGCCACCACCCUCCUCACCACAACAACAGAGUCAACAAGCACCUCAUCCCCAGGGACCACAUCCACAAGCAUACCCACCGCCACCGCCGCCGCCGUCGAGGCAGCCAGCGCCAGCUAUUGGGCCUCCUGCGGCCUUCCCCACGAAUCGGGAUCUGCCGGCGCUGUCGUCAAUACAUCGACCGAACAGUGUCAAUAGCAGCAGCAUGUCUAUAUCAUCAAUGCUAGGUGGUCCUUCAGCUGCUGGCCGCGAAUCGGGCCCUCCUCCGUCUCAAUACCCAGCUCCACAAGCGAUGAUGCCGUCAGGGGCGCCGUCAGGUCCAAGUACACCAUACGCGCCUCCCACACAUCCUUCGCCCAGACAAUCGACAGCAGGUCCCGACUAUGGCAGAUUCCGACGCCCAGAGACGCCCGAACACCAUCACUUGCCCGAAUCACAGUUGCACCAUGGCCAUCGGGCUGUUUCUGCCGGCAGCCCCCAGAGGGUCCCGAACAUCCCAAGCCCCGAAUCGAAUCGCUAUAACACACCUCAAGCCGCCCCCCAGCGAAACAUGCCAAACCAGCCUGGUCCGACCGAAGAAAGACGCGAGCAAUAUCCUGUCCGCGUGCCAAAUCCGAAUGCGCCUCCCCCCCGACCAACCAGCCAGCCAGCACUAUACAACCAACCCGUCAGGGAACGCGAGGCAUCUAUGCCGGAAUCUGUACGGUCGGAAAACGGGAGGCCGCAGGCUGGGUAUGCGCCUAGAGGUAUCGGUUAUGGCAGCAGGGAGGAUAUACCCGCCUUCCGCGAACAAGCCAGGAUAGAGGAAGCUAUAAUGAUGAGGGACAUGGAACGGGAACGGGAGCAGCGUGACAUCAGAGAGCGUGAGCGUGAGCGCGAGCGUGACCGCGAACGUGAACGAGAACGCGAAAGAGAUGUGCGCGACCGAGAGUAUCGUGAGCGAGAACGUGAGCGCGACAGGGAGAAGGACCGAGAGCGAGAGCUCGCGCGCGAACGGGAGCGCAUGGAUAGGGAGAGGGACAUAAUGCGAGAUCGCGAAAGAGAGCGCAUGAAUCAUAACAGAGAAUCGGCACAAUUUGGAAGGCAAGAAGGCCCUCAGUAUGGCCGCCAGUAUGGACCUGCUCAACAGGGCGCAUUCGUUGGACGUCCAGAGACCGAGCAAGGUCCCUGGGCGAGAGGAAGACCAGAGGAACAACCUCGCGAACCAGCCCCCCAGCAAGCUUCUGGUGGCAUGGGGUAUGAAUUCCCAAGAAAUACGUCGCAACCUUACGGCGGAACUUCUGGAUACGGACCCCAAGACCAAAGACAAGACCAAAGGCAAGACCAAAGGUAUUCAUCAAGGGAUUACAGGGACACCCAGCCACAGAAUCAGCCAAGCCAACAGCCACAGCCGGGGCAACAAUACGGCAGCCCGGUACAAGAGCGCGAGAGAAUCGGAGGACCUGUAGGACCCCAUCAGCAAUAUUCCGGACAACCACCUGGACCAUUUCGAUCGAAUGAAUCACCCCGGUCAAGAUCAAACGAAGAAUCCCAGCAAAUGCAGCGCGGUGUAUACCUGGGCAUUCAGCAAGAGAUUAAUAGGAAGGGCCGGAACUCUCCAUUCCCCCAGGCCGUUCAAGGUGUGCAGGGGCUGGUAAAUGGUCCAGCUGGCGAGCCUGGCAUCAAGAGCGAGUUUGGGAAAAUGUUCUCGGGGAUCGGGAGCGGUGUUGGUGGCCUGGGAAGCACAAGCAACGCCAGUGGCGGCUCGCAGACUCCGUUUUCACAACCUGCCCAGCUCAGACGAGACGAUUUGGAUGGGGUUGCUGCGCAAGACUCGCCAACUGAAAACGGCCAUAAGAUUGCUCGGUCUUCGUCACGAGGAGGAAGGAGGCGCAAGCUUCAAACGGGCGAGGGCAAAGAUGGCGAUGAUAGCAGCACCGGAAGACAUACUCCAAGUGGUCGUGGCACGAAGCGACCGAAACACCAACAUUCCGCAGGUGCUCCACAUCGACACUCCGAAAAUCAACGACCGGAACCUGUCGCCCAACUUUCGUCGCCUACGGGCCCAAGUUUGACCCCGACAUUCGGCCAUCCUGGUCACGGAGCAGCACCAUCGCCUCCGCCGAAAAUUGUUCCUCAUCAUCAUCACAUUAACCGCCACCAUCAUCACCACCACCACGGUAGCCCGCACCCGAAACCCGCCCCCCAAAUCAUCAUGCCAAAGCCCAAGACGGUUGUCAAAUCCAAUGCCGUGCUCGACUCUGUGGCGCAUUUGCCGAGGAAGCACCUUGGACAUUUCACGUACUCGACAGUCCUGCAGCCCGGAGAUCCGCCGUCAGUGAUACACAACCACCAACGUCGUCGCGCAUUCAAUAGCAACCCAGAGCCAUUGCCCAAGAUGGAGGGAAGCGAAAACUGCACCCUCACCGUCAGGGUUCCACGCGUAUACCUCGAACCGGCAAGCCGCGAGGAGAUAACAGCACGAAGAAGCGUUUGGGGAACCGACAUCUACACCGACGACACCGACGUUGUCGCUGCGUGCAUUCACGGCGGGUGGAUCCGAGGCGAGUGGUCCGACGACGUGGACAUCUCUGUCCUUGAUCUUGUCAUCGACGAUUCCGCCGAGGACAAUUCCACGGCAACUUCGAAGAACGGGGACAUAACGCUUACCGCGCCCCCCGCCCGAGGCCCUAUGCUCCCACCACCAUCCAAGGACCUCCACGUCACCAUCCUCGUCCUGCCUGCACUCGAGAAGUACUCCAGCACCACGCGCUGGGGCAUCCGAUCACGUGCCUGGGCGAACACGCAUGAUGGGCUCUCCUUCCAAAUCAUGAGCGUCAAGUUCGUGAGCGGGGUGGACACGGCGAAGGAGACUCGAGGUAGCGCGCGCAGGCUGCGGAUUGAUAGUCAGCUGCGCGAGGACGACCUGGAGCGGGAGUCAGCGUGGGCGGCGCUGCUGCAGGUGGGAAAUGGGCACCAUGAUGAGGUUGCGAGGAAUAAGGAUGGGAUUGCUGAGAGCUUUGUGCGUGGGGAUCCUACGCCUGCGCAGGGGAUUGUGGGGUUGGGGAUGGGGAGUUGGUGGAAGGAGCCGCUGAAGAGGGUUGAGGAGAUUCGGCGUGUGGAGCCGGAGGGGGAGAUGGAUGUUGAUGAGAAGGUUGGGGAGGAUGGCGAUGUCGUGAAGGACACUGUGCAGGACGGCGUGCAAGAUGUUGUGAGGGACGAUGUGAAGGAUGCAGCAGUGAAGAAAGCGGCAGCGAAGGAGGCUGAAGAAGCUAGUAUCCCAGAUGGCGUGGACCAGGUGCUGCAGGAUGUAGAUCAACCGGCUGCGGACGUGUAAAUAUGGGAUGGGUUCUUUUUUUACAUUCCAGGGAAACCGAGGCGAUUUACCGGGUCUAGAUAUGGCGCUUUGGGAGGGAUAUACAUGUAAUCAAUGCAGGGGAUAUUUUCCGCAAUGGAGAGAAGGUGUGGGGAGGAGACAGUUUGUAACAUUUCGAUGGAGAUGUGGUGGUGGCAAUUCUGUGGAGAUUGUUGUAGAUAGGAUACGUAUUAUAUGAUAUGAUGUAUUUUAUCUCCGAUGCUGUGUGUGGUAUGCUAUUGAGAUAUCUAGGCCGG